GGGCCACGCCUAUCCAUGACGCAAGGGCCGACGUCACUCCUCCCUGUCUGGGCGCGGACGACUGCGCGAAGGCCCAGUAGUCGACGCCAGUCGCUCCACGCCACCACCGCAGAGGCCAUGGAUGGAGAAGAAGCGCACCACAGGCCCUCCUCCUCCUCCUCGUCCGGCCGCCCCUUCCUCUCCGGUCUCUGCGCCGCCGCGCUCCGCCGCAAGCCCAUCUCCGCGCGCGCCUCUGCCGCCGCCUCCGGCGAGGGCCUCGUCCGGCAGCUCGGCGUCCUCGAGCUCGUGCUCCUCGGGAUCGGCGCGUCCAUCGGCGCCGGCAUCUUCGUCAUCACCGGAACCGUCGCCCGCGACGCCGGCCCAGGUGUUACAAUCAGUUUUGCUCUCGCUGGGGCUGCGUGUGUGCUCAAUGCAUUGUGCUAUGCUGAGCUGGCAUCUCGUUUUCCUGCCGUGGUCGGCGGAGCAUACUUGUACACAUAUGCAGCGUUUAAUGAACUCACGGCCUUCUUGGUUUUCACUCAGUUGAUGCUUGAUUACCAUAUUGGGGCAGCAAGCAUUGCUCGUAGCUUAGCAAGCUAUUUUAUCCAAUUCUUGGAGCUGAUUCCGUCUGUGAAAGGCAAUGUUCCGAGUUGGAUUGGGCAUGGAGAAGAGUUUUUUGGUGGUGUUGUUUCAGUUAACAUAUUGGCUCCAAUCCUUCUUCUCAUCCUGACUGUGAUCCUAUGCCGCGGUGUCAAAGAAUCAUCUGCAGUGAAUACCUUUAUGACUACAUUGAAGAUAAUCAUCGUCAUAGUCGUUGUAUUUGCUGGUGUGUUUGAGGUGGAUGUGUCAAACUGGUCACCAUUUAUGCCGAAUGGUUUCAAAGCUGUUGUAACCGGAUCUACAGUAGUCUUCUUUGCAUAUGUUGGAUUUGAUGCAGUUGCUAAUUCUGCCGAGGAAGCUAAAAACCCACAGCGGGACUUGCCUAUUGGCAUCCUAGGAAGCCUUCUGGCAUGUGUCAUCCUAUAUGUUGCUGUAUGCUUGGUGAUUACUGGAAUGUUGCCAUAUACAUUACUGGGUGAAGAUGCGCCCUUGGCUGAGGCUUUUUCUGCAAAGGGGCUGAAAUUUGUAACUGUUUUGAUCAGCAUUGGAGCUGUUGCUGGUCUUACUACAACACUUCUUGUUGGUCUGUAUGUUCAGUCACGUUUGUAUCUUGGACUUGGAAGGGACGGCCUACUACCUUCAAUAUUUUCUAAAGUUCAUCCAACACUGCAUACUCCUCUGCACUCUCAGAUCUGGGUUGGUUGUGUUGCGGCAGUCUUAGCUGGCCUCUUUAAUGUGCAUGCACUCUCUCAUAUUCUCUCAGUUGGCACACUGACAGGCUACUCGGUUGUAUCAGCUUGUGUGAUCACACUUCGAUGGAGCGACAAAGCAACUAAUUCUCGCUCCCUUGGAAAAAUUUCAAUCUGGCAGGAGGGUGUUUUUUGUCUUGUCAUAGUGGCUCUCUGUGGUUUCAUAGCAGGAAUAUCCUACCGAUUUAGCUAUUCUAUUGCCUUCAUCAUCAUAGCUUUUCUGAUAGCUACCGUCGGCAGUUUUUCUCUGCUGUAUCGACAGGUGUAUGUUCCUGUGGACCCGCCUCGCUUUUCUUGUCCUGGAGUUCCUAUGGUUCCGAUUGUCUCUGUUUUCUUCAAUAUGUUUUUGUUUGCUCAGCUACAUGAAGAAGCUUGGUAUAGAUUUGUCAUCCUUAGUCUCAUCGCGGUGGGAGUAUAUGCUGGAUAUGGUCAGUACAACGCUGUUCCAUCUACUUCGGACCACUCGUCUGUUGCAUACCAUGGAGUGCCUUCGGAAGCCCCAUGAUCUAUUGCAAGCCUCCAAGUUUAUCUGAAAAUCCAUGUACCAUUGGAUCGUCAGGGGAGGCCAUGGCUGUAACCCUUUACCUGUAUUGCUGGAAGCCGUAUGUGUAGUACGUUCUCCAUAGUUCCAUCUGUACAUCUGUAUGAUAUUUUGGAGGUCAGCCACCAUAUCAUUUACCAAUGAAAUGACAGCGAAAGUUUUGUUGAGCAGGACACACACACACACACACACACACACACACACACCAAAGAUUCACUUGGAAAGGCUUUGAAAGUCAGGAUUGAAAGUUUUAUGUACUUGAAGUAUUACAGUUCAUAACUUCAUAUAUGUACUUAAUUCAUCUGAGAAAUUUAAAGUUUAUAAGUUGUUGCUUU